UGUGGCAAAUGCUUAUAAGGGACCUAUUGCUUCGUUGACCCACGGAAUGGGCUGCUCGACACUAAACAGUGCAUUACAUUUGUAUUGUCUGGUGUUAUCAAACUGGGGUGAUCACAUCUUUUUAUUGUGCGAGACCCCCUGCCCCCCCAGGCAUCACAAAUCACUUGCUCUCAUUGCAAUUGAAAUUUGCAUAAGCAGUAAGAGAAAGUCUUUGAGGGAGUCAAGCCUCUGGUACUAAUUUGUUUUUUUUUUGCUAAAGUCUUUAUAUGGAAGACAGCAACUAAUUCCAUUGGAUUACCAGUAAUAACCACGAGCAUACAAACAUCCAUCUGAGAGCAGCACACAGGAGGAUGAGCCCCUUCAUUUGCUUUGCCACUCUCUUGUCUUCUGUGGUUUGGGGAGUCAACGGGAUCAAUAAAGAAGAGGAAAAUGGAAGAUUCCUGACAUGCUCCAUCACAGAGCAGCACAGGCAGGACCUCUCGAACCAGCAGCUCACCAGAAUCCCACCAGACCUGUCUCCCAGCACCCAGUACCUGGACCUGUCCAAUAACAACAUCACCAGGGUCAACGAUAAAGACCUGGCAGCUCUGCCCGACCUCUGCAUCCUGGAGCUCCACCACAACCCCCUGGAAUACAUCUCCCCCACAGCCUUCCUGAACAACACCAAGCUGGAGGUCCUCAACAUCUCCUACAGCCUCCUGAAGGCCAUCCCAGACCUGUCGUUCCCCGCUCUUCGGGUCCUUGAUGUUUCCAGCAACCUCUAUGGAAGUUAUGCCCUGGGAAGCUCAUUUAAGAAUAUGGAGUUCCUCUUUUCUCUUGCUCUGGGAAGCCCAUACGCCAAAGCCGUUAACUACACUGAUUUCGCCCCUGUGCAGAAUAUACCUUUAAGACACCUGAGUCUAGGGUACGGGGAGGGCUUGCAAAGUUACGAGUCUGGUUCCUUCACCCAAAUCCCAUCUCUACGCAAAGUGACACUCAUCAUGCCAUUCUGUGAACGCGUCUCGAUGUUCCAGGACAUUCUCAAGGACCUUCAAAGAACACAAGUGGAGAGUUUAGUGCUGGUCAAGUUUCUCCCCAGAUAUUGUAACAUCUCCAGUGACCCAUUCGAGGGUCUCAAAGGUCUGAGAUCCUUGAAGAACAUCACUUUCGUGGACACCUGGUUCAACAGCUCAGUCUUAUAUAUGUUUCUCCAGAAUCUCUAUAGCUCUCCAAUCCAAGUCACUGCUUUCCUUAACAUCACUUAUAAUGAAGAUAUCGAAGAACUUCAUCUGGACUGUGAUUUAGGAAAACACGCAAUUAAACUAAAAGCAAUCAUUUUGGAUGGUAUCUUGCACUACCAGAUGAGAUAUCCAAAGUUCAGCAUCAAUGUGACCUGUUAUUCCCAGUUGACCUACAUGAAGUUCUCUGGCUCAGGGAUGAACAUCUCACCCUGCAACUUGAUGUCCUCUCUGCCCUCUCUGGAGGUCCUAGAUGUGUCCAACAAUCUCUUAACAUACAAUGGCUUCUGGUGGCAUGGGUGCUCCUACACCAACAUCUUUCCAGCUUUAAAGCAGCUUAACUUGAGCAAAAACAGGUUCAAAAAGCUAUGCUUCAUCUCCCAGAAAACCCAGCAGAUGAGAGCCCUGGAAACUCUGGACCUGAGCUCCAACUCUAUUGAGCUUGAAGGCCAGUGCUCCUGGCCUUCGCACCUGACCAACCUCAUCUUGAGUAACAACAACCUGGGCAACUCUGUCUUCAGCUACCUCUCUCCACACUUCAGAAGUCUGGACCUCUCCAAGACAGGCAUUUCAGUGUUGACGAAGGACAUGCUCUCCAGCCUGCCCAACUUGACACAUCUCUUCUUGAGCUCCAAUGGCCUCCAGGUCUUGCCUGCUGAUCUCUGGGCACCCAGUGUAGAGGUGCUGCAUGUGGACCACAACGCCAUAAGUGUCAUCAGCCAAGAUUCCUUAAAAGGGCUGCCUGGGCUCAAGGAAUUAAAAGCAGGGCACGAGCCAUUCAGCUGCAAGUGUGACUCCUAUUGGUUUGUGACCACUCUUGAUAAGAGGCUUCUGCCCGAUUGGCCAUCGCAGUACACCUGCAGCUACCCUCCUGAACUUUACGGGAUGUUACUAGAAGAGUACCAGCCAGGCAGAGUAGCCUGUGAGCCGUGGAUCCAAGCUGCCAUUGCAAUCCUUGUCACGCUUGCUGUUGUCCUGCUUCUGAGCCUUACUUUCUAUGCCUGUGAUGGAGCCUGGUACCUCAAGAUGCUCUGGGUGUGGAUCAGGGUCAAAAGGAGGAGCAGCCAGGAAACAGAGAGGCUGGCGAAUGCAUCUUUCCAUUACCAUGCCUUCAUCUCUUACAGUCAGCAUGAUUCCAACUGGGUGGACAAGCAGCUUGCGCCCAACAUGGAGAAGGCGGGCUUCAGCCUUUGCAUCCAUGAGCGUGACUUUGUGCCCGGGGACUGGAUCAUCGACAACAUCAUCAACUGCGUGGAGAGCAGCUACAAGACCCUGUUCGUGCUCUCCCAGAGCUUCAUCCAGAGCGAGUGGUGUAACUACGAGCUCUUCUUCGCCCAGCACCGGGCGCUCAGUAUCCAGCAGGACUCCCUGGUCUUCAUCCUGCUGGAGCCCAUUCCUGCAGACUCCCUGCCCAGGAAGUUCAUGAAGCUGCGGACCCUGCUCAGGCAGCAGACCUACCUGGAGUGGCCCAAGGAGGAGAGGAAACAACAGGUCUUCUGGGCCAGCCUGAAGAGAAUGCUGCAGGAGGGUAAUAAGCACAUGGUAAUGAAGCAGGCAGCAGUGGGGAUAGCUGACUUGAUGUCUGAUCUUGUCAUUGAUUAAAUCUUCAGCGCCUUGGCACUUUACUCAGAGUUGCUAAGUGAUUUGACAAAGUAGAAGGCUUUUAAAACCUUUACAAAAAUGGCACAAUUUGGGCUAAAGAUCUUAACUUCAAAUGGUUAUGAAAAAAAUCAUGAGCGACUGGGUGUGUUUCACCUUUUUGAAAACAUUUUUCAGAUGAAAACUUGCAGUAAAAAGCUUUUAGAAUCUAGCUCUUUUAUUUCGCUGUUUUCUGAUAAUUGUUUAUUGCAUUUAAGGAAGUCUUUUUUUACAUUUGAAAACAAACACAAGGCACCGAAAUGUUGAUAAAACAACUUCAGAACAGUACUUUAUUUUUGUAGAAUUUUUUUUUAUUUUUAAUUUUUGCAUUUUAACUUGUCUGAGUUGCUUUCUGUACCCAAUAGAUGUAAAUGUAAAUUUGUAUGUACAUUUAUUAAAGAUAUUGGAUGCCAAAAUGAACACAUUCAUCUCAACACUUUACUCAAAGUGAUUUCACGUAAAACUGAAGGUUUUCAAAUAAUUUAAAUAAGUGGGACAAUUUGUUAUUAUCACUUUUUUUCUGAAAGGAUUGUAUAAUUAUAAUUCCAAAAACAAAACAGCAACACAACCCUGCUACCUUGAAAUGUGUAACAUGCACAAUGUCCAGCAAAUACGAGACACAGAAGGAUGUUCGCAAUGAGAACUGGGGACAGCACUGCAGAGUACCAGACACGGUUCUGCUAAUUCAAACUGCAGAUGAUCCAGCUAUACUGUAAAAAGCGAGACAGCUUACAUAAAGACAAAGCAAAAAGGUUAGGUGAGAAAGCACAUUUCAGAACUGAAGUCUCUGUUGAUAAAAUAACAUGAGAUUCAUAAUCUCACAACUCAGACAGGCAAUAAAUUAACCACUCAGGGCAUAUUUGAAUCAAACUGAAGGGAGGUAAAGUCUUAAAACCAGGCAGUCCUACCCUGAGUGUGUGCAAGUCUGCAGCAGGGCUUGUGUUAUUCCAGGAGGUCACUACGACCUACCUUUACCUCGCAGGGGCUCGUUUUGAUUAGAGCAUUUUACAGCAAUGGUCAUCCCUCUGAAAUGCGUCAACCACCUAUACAUGGUUAUACUACCCUUGAAGUAAGUAGUUAAUGCAAUCCAGGUGGAUUUAUCAGUGCUGUAAAAUGCUCUAAAACCCAGCUACUGCUUAUCAAAUGAUCAAAUCCACCUCUUUGUCAAGCACUGUAAACAGAGGAUCAACUUGUGCUCAGAAAAGUUUUUACUGUUCCCACUGCAAUCUGCUUUUCUGAUUCUGAAGACUGCUAUGAAUGUGUUUGUUGCAUAAUAAACGACACCUGUUUCCGAGCUGA